GUUGUGUUCUAUAAGUUCCGUAGCUCUCUUUCUUAAUUAUUUAAUUGUUCAGUAAAAACUCUAACGCUCGUUAAAAUCAAAUGUAAUAGUUAAUAAUUUUUUUUUUUAGAUUUGAGUGGACAGCAGGGCCUGCAGCAGUUACAGACAGUCACCUAGGACCCCCUCAUUGUGUAUGUUGCGGAGGAAGUGAUACCAUCAUCGAUUGUCUUGGGUCCCCUUCAUGGUGGGGCGGGAAGGCAGCAUGUGACGGGCAGGGCCCGUGCUGAGUGAGCGAUCGGCCCGGCCAGGCCAGACUACGGAGGAGGGGGGGUAGGCUUGGAACCUGACCGCAACCAUGUUGAGCAUCAAACUCCCCCAGCUCUUCAGAAUCCACCAGGUUCCAAGGGUGUUCUGGGAGGACGGUAUUAUCUCUGGGUACCGGCACCCGCGUAGCUCCGCCUGGGACUGCGUACUGAGCACCUUGCAGAUGACCAAUGAGACCCUCAACAUCUGGACCCACUUCUUGCCCACCUGGUACUUCCUGUGGCGCCUGACUGCCCUCUCCUCCUCGCUGGACUUCCUGUCAGAGAGCUACACCUGGCCGCUGCUGGUCUACAUGCUCCUGAUCUGCGUGUACCCCUUCACCUCCAGCUGCGCCCACACCUUCAGCACCAUGUCCCCUGAAGCCCGCCACAUCUGCUACUUCUUUGACUACGGAGCCCUCAGCCUCUACAGCCUGGGCUGUGCUAUCAGCUAUGGCUUUUAUGUGAUGCCUGACUGCUGGGUGAACAGCUGGCUACAUCGGUACUUUGUGCCCAUCGCCGUUGGCAACACGCUAGUGUGCACCGGCCUAUCCUGCUACUCCAGGUCUUUGGAGCUGGAUUUCCCGCACAAGAGCAAGAUCCUGCGCACUGCAGCCUUUGUCUAUCCCUUCCUAUUUGACAAUUUUCCUCUGUUUUACAGGCUGCUGCUUUGCUGCAUGGGCAGUUGCGCUCACAGCCAGGCUGUGGCCAGCCACUGCUACUACCUCGUCUUUGCCUUCCUCACCUGCUUCCUGUUUGCCUCCCACCUCCCCGAGCGCCUGGCCCCCGGGCGCUUCGACUACAUAGGCCACAGCCACCAGCUCUUCCACAUCUGUGCCGUCGUCGGCACACACUUCCAGAUGGAGGCUGUGUUGCAGGAUAUGACAUCACGCCGCAGCUGGCUGAUGGUCCAUACUGAUGUCCCCUCCUUCCUGGGCACCAUUGGCACCUUGGGUCUGGCUUUCCUGCUCAACUUUGCCCUCAUUGGCCUAUUCAGUGCCACCCUCCUGUGGGCGCCCAAUCGCAGCACCUCUGAGGUUAAGGAGAAUUAAAAAAUAGCAUUUAGAACUGAAGCCUGUACCGUUUGUGCCAGCCAGUACAUGAGAACUUAAAAUGGCUUCCUGUCUUCAGUACGGAAAACAUUACAUAAUAUUUUGAUUGACUAUCAGCUGUGGUGAACAUUUACCCAUCUCUGGGAUUUUGUUUGGGUCAUUUUGUUGAGCAAGUACGUGAUUUUUUUUAAUGUGCUUUUUAUUGAAAGUCUUCAUAUCACUAAACCUCUUCUGUCAUCUUUGCUAGCAUAAUAUUAAUCUAAAAAUAAAUCAUAUGCUGGUUGUCUGUGGCAGCUUCACUAGGGUGUGGACUAUGGGUCAGGGAAUGUUGAGUAGAAUCCAAAUUCGCGCACUAGAUAAUUCUGUGGUUUUAGACUGAUUAUUAGUAAUCGUUGGUGUUAGCGGUGAUUGUGGGAUUGGCCGUCUCCUAAUCUCGAGGGUCCUUGGAUUUCAUUCCGAUAUGAUCUGAUCUGAUAUGUCUAAUGGAGGAUUUAUAAGAUAUUUAGCCCUGCCUCUGAAAUAGUGCAAGCUGCCCCGGCUAACUGGAUCGUUUUUUUCUUUUUGCUACAUUUAAGACAAUUAAACAGUUGUAUCAUUUAUAGGAUAAGCGGUUCAUAUGAAUGCAGGAAAUAGUGAUACGCCCACAAUGUGGAGGUCACCUCUGUGUGCGGAACCAGAGUGACCGCCAGCCGCCUCCGAGAUACGGUAGCUGAGCUGCUGGUUUGCUCUCGUUCUAAGGUCUGUAGCGUUCGACAGGUUUACACUCGGUUGCAGUGAGGGAUCUGCGACACCAGCCCCAGCAGCUGUACCUCACAGGCUUUCAGUCCUCCAUGGAGAACUACAGUCAGUGCGAGAGGCGAAAUCCAUUUCUGGUGUGUGGCUUGUAUUUCACUAAAGGUCUAAAUCAGCCAGGUUUCCCACCAAGUUAGUGUGUCAUUUGUUAGCUGGGUCAAACACAGGGUUCAUCACAUUGAGGUCCAUCAUCUGAACACCUUCUUCCUUGGGUGUUUCUAGAGUGAUAUUUUAGAUCACAAUGGUAGGGUAUAGAUUAUAAGCUAUAUUCAUUGCAACGGGUUCAUUGUUAAUUGUAUUUUCAUGUCAGAUAUCACAAACCAGUCAGAAAAACAACAUAACACAGUAGCAACUGCACUCUGGUUGACUGGUCUUGGCUUUGGGGGAAAAAAAGUUGUCUGGUUACUUUUCCAUCUCUGACCGUUAACAUAUUACUGGCCGACAGUGAGUGGUCCAUUCAUUCAGGUCAUUAACACUGGUUAUUGCUUUCCGUUUGAAACAGGUAUUUACUGGGGAAUGUUUCAUCAAGUUACAUUCUAUACUCAACAGCAUCUGUUGAUUUACGCUCUCUGUGGGAUUUAAGCACUUAUUGGCUUUUAAACGUCUUGCUUUAAUUGAUGGUAAAGCUAAACAAAGUAGCCAAAAAAAAAUGUACUCAAAGUACUCAAAGUAAGACUGUAUGCAGUAAAACUGAGAGCAGUCUAUAACUUUAGUGUGGGGGGGACAGCAAGAUGUUCUAUUUGUUAUAGCAAAAAAAGUAUUACAUGCAAUGCCUUUCACAAGAUUUGUGUGUAUUGGGCUGGAUUAACAAAGUGCCUUAUGUUUUAAUAACAGAGUAAUCUUAUUUUGCUUUUUGUGAAUCAAAUUUAUGUUAAAUGUAUUUUAACUGUUUGUACUGCCGCUUUAUUAAAUAUGUGCUUGGUAUAUGCGGGAAUUGUAGCACUCAAGCUGAAAUAAAGAAUGAUUUGCUUUGUA